UAUCCCUUUACACGGCCAACACACACCAGCGUCGAACGACACUGACUCUCACUGGGCUGGAAACUUUUUACUAUCGGCAUGCACACAGGACUCAAACUCUCCAACAACAACCAAUCACGGGACACAGCAUGGAAGAGGGCAGGCUCAGAGCUCCAUUCUAUCAGACACAGUAGUGGAUGUAGGAGGGUCCCCUGCCCUGCCUUCACGCUUCAUCCGUCCAUCUCUUCCCCCAGCUGAGACCAGCUCCCCUCUGAAAGACCCCAGGCUGCUGAGAGCCCAGCUCAGAGUCACAGAAAGCCCCACACUGCAUCGCUGCCAGCCCCCUCCGUACACUAGAGAUUCCUGGUCCUUCGAGCCGGACGAGAGAGCCGACUUCUCCUGCUUUGAUAUGGGGGAUAGGGCCGAGCUGGCCCGUAGGCUCUAUAUACGCCAAAGUGUGGUGGAAGCCCCUGUCAGCUGGACCUCCAGGCAACCCUGGAGCCACCUGGUGGAGGAGGAGAGCAGAAACUCCAGUUCCAGCCCCAUACACGGACCUGGACCUGGGCAGCAGCCCUUAAGCGUGGCCCAGCAGAAAAGAGCCGAGCAUAGGAGGAGGGAGGUUCUGCUGCUGGGCCCUGUGGUGCUGGACUCGCCAGAGGAGGAUGAGGGCCUGAAUGGGGAUGGGGAAGAGGUUCACGGACCAGGGCAACAGCGAGGCCUGCUGAGGGUUGAGGAGCCUCCAGAGGGGGAGCAAAUCAUGGUAGCAGGAUCCUCAUCACGCAGCUCCAGCGGGGUGACCGGUAGCCUGGGGGAAAGGGACUGUGUGUCCCUAGAGUCCAGUCAGUCCAGCCACCAGAGCAACGAGACAGGGGCUGCCACCUCAGGGAUACAGACGGACAGUGGUUCUGCAGUCCCAGGCCCCUCCCUCCACUCUCAGAGGAUAGCUCGUGCCAAGUGGGAGUUCCUAUUUGGGACCCCCGCUGAGGAGGAUGCCAGCAGGGGGGAGAAAAAUAACAUCGAGGCCUCGACAGCUCCUCCUAGUGGCCAGUCCAGUGAAUCCCCCACCCCCACGCCCCCCACCUCCCUCCCCCUCAUCUCGGCUAAUCAUGAGGUGCAGCAUGUGGAGGUGGAGCUGGUGACUCCUCACCCAGCUGUGGCGGGGGCGUCGCCCAAGACGGGCAUCAUCCGGAUGACCCUCAAGUACUCGGAGACAGACCUGGAUGCCGUGCCCCUGCGCUGUUACCGCGAGACCGACAUCGAUGAGGUGCUUUUGGCUGAGCAGGAAGACGCCGACUCAGCAUUUGGCAGUAACCGUAGCGUGAAAAGCACGUCGGGUACAGACAGCAGCCCCCUGGGUGUCUGUCCCUAUGAGAGCACAAGCGCGGAGGAGGAGGAGGUGGAAGGAGAGGAGGAGGAAGAGGAGCUGGAGGAGGAGGAGGUGGUGAGCUGGGCCUCAGUGAGGAUGCAAGGGGACAUUAAGAGACAGCAGCAGCAGCAGGUGAUUAGUCAGCUGCUGAAGAGGCCGUUGGACAGUUUCUUUGACAACCUCCCGGCCCUCAAGUCGCCCGUCCUGUUGUCGGGGCCUCGCCUCGCAGGCACCUCCGAGGACAGCUUUAGCCGCCAUUUUGAGAGCAUCAUGGAGUCACACUGCGCCAAGGGCACGUCCUACGGCAGCCUGGACCUGGACAGUGAGGAGCUGCUGACCUCCAGCACACAGACCGUCCUGACCUUUGACCUCCCCACGCUGACCCCAGAGAUCCAGGGGGGUCAGAUGAUCUGUCAAAGCGCCCGGCAGAUUGUCAAGCUGAGCUUCGCCCCAUUGGCCCACUGCGAGAGGGGGACAAGCCUAUCAAAUUCCAUCGUCACGGUGACGGGAGACUCGGAUGCCACGCGUGCCCCCUCCAGCGAAAGGCUGAGUAGUAGUAGCCCGGAAGACACGCCCCUGAGAGGGGGAGGGGGCGGGGCACGGAUGCUGGGGAGCAGCUGGUACAGCAACCCCACAUUCUCCUUCCCUAGGUCAGUGAUGUCAUACAGCAGCAACCCCUCCCUCUCUUUCCACAGGGAAAAGGCUCGUCUGGCGACAGACUCAGAGCUGGACCAGGACCUCAGUGAGCUGCUGGGCCUGGGGAGCAGCGACACCCUCAACAAUGGUAAUCGUGCCAACGGAGAGGCCGCUAAGCGCCUGGCCAAACGCCUCUUCACCCUGGACGGUUUCAGGAAGUCCGACGUGGCCCGCCACCUCAGCAAAAACAAUGACUUCAGUUGUAUGGUUGCAGAAGAGUAUCUACACUUCUUUAACUUCAAGGGUCUUGCUGUGGACCAGGCUCUGAGAGCAUUUCUCAGACAGUUUUCCCUGAUGGGGGAGACUCAGGAGAGAGAGCGGGUGCUGGCUCACUUCUCCAGGAGAUACCUGCACUGUAACCCCAAACUUAUACCCUCUGAGGAUGGUGUCCAUACCUUGACCUGUGCCUUGAUGCUGCUAAACACAGACCUGCAUGGCCAUAACAUUGGCAAAAGGAUGUCCUGCACACAGUUCAUUGGCAACCUGGAGGGUCUGAAUGAGGGUCAAGACUUUUCCAAAGACCUUCUGAAGGCCCUGUACAACUCAAUCAAGAAUGAGAAGCUUCAAUGGACAAUCGACGAGGAGGAGAUGCGGAAGUCUUUCUCAGAGCUGGGGGACACCAGCCAGGCAGACUCCGCCUCUAAACACAAGAAGAGCAUGGCCAGCGGCGGGAAACCACUAGUGGCCAUGGCCCAGCCCUCAGGAGCCCUCCUGUACAAGAACGGCUUCCUGGUGCGCAAGGUGCACGCUGACUCAGACGGCAAAAGAACACCGCGUGGGAAAAGAGGAUGGAAGACGUUCUAUGGCAUUCUGAAAGGGCUGAUUCUCUACCUACAGAAGGGAGAGUACCGGCCAGAUAAGCAGCUGUCAGACGAAGAUCUGAAGAACGCUGUGUCCAUCCACCACUCUCUGGCCAUGAGGGCUGCCGACUACAGCAAGAGACCCAAUGUGUUCUACCUCCGCACCGCCGACUGGAGGGUCUACCUCUUCCAGGCACCAAGCACAGAGCAGAUGCAGUCGUGGAUCACACGCAUCAAUACGGUAGCAGCCAUGUUCUCGGCGCCACCUUUCCCUGCAGCCAUUGGUUCACAGAAGAAAUUUGCCCGACCUCUGCUGCCAAGCUCCACCUCCAAACUGUCACAGGAGGAGCAGGUCCAGUCCCAUGAGACUCGGUUCCGGGCCAUCUCCACUGAACUGGCUGAGCUGCGCUCAUAUCCUCCAGACCGAAAGGUCAAAGGCCGCGAGCUGGAGGAGUACCGCCAGCGAGACGAGUACCUGGAGUUUGAGAAAACACGCUACGGUACCUACGCCAUGCUGCUGCGGAACAAGAUCCGCUGCGGCGAGGAUGACCUGUCCGUAUUCGAGGUUCAGAUCCUGGAGGACAACGGGCUGCAGCGCGCCCAUUCCAGCCCCACGCUGCAGGACUUCAGCCAGGCCUCCCAGGGCAGCAGCACCAAGGAGCCGGUGGGCUGCAGUGGCAUGGGAAAAGGCUCCAAGCACACCGAGGCCCAGAGAUACAGCUACCGCCAGGCCGUCAAGAAGUGAGGCAGGGCGGGGAGCCGGGUGGUGAUGACGUGGCAGGUUUGUCUCCCUGCGCAAGUUUUUAUUUGAAAUCCAGUGGAGGGGGCUUAUAAGAGCUUGAAAAGGAGAGGGGUGAGAGUGUACUGUAUACACCAUGCCCCCACCCGGCACCCCCGAUCUCCUCGGCCAAUAGGGGAGGUGCAGCGGUGCAGAUCCUAUGACUGGCCAAUGCCAGCGGUGCGUUGGGGCAGGAGGGAGGGAGGAGCGUUGGAGAGGUCAUGCAGUUUGGAAAGAAGGUAUUCCAGCGAAAGCUUGCUGCAUACGUUAAUAGACGGUACCAUACCGUAUGGUAAGACAGAGGUUCCUCCCGUAAGCAGUAUCACCGCCGUACAAGGUCUCCCAUCCAGCAUCUUUUUCUUUCCUUUUCUUUCAGGGCACCUCUCCUACAAACCCCUCCUCCAGCCUUUUUUCUUGAAAUGUUUCCUCUGAUUUGGGACCAAACAUGUUUACACGUUUGACACAUUAAGUCUCAGAUGACUGUGCUAUUGAUUUGAACAUGUGUUACAGUACUGUAAUACUGUAGUAACAGGAGCUAGAUCCACGACUCAUUGCAUUGCUGUUCCCUUUUUUUCCAUGACAACUGUGUGUCCACAUACUUGAGGGAGCCUAACGACAAGGGUACUUGCAGCUCCUGAAUUCUUCUUUGGGGCAAAUGUGAUGGGAACAAGGUGGCUCUAGUGGAUCAGAAUGGCAGUGCACUACACACCCGGAUCCGCAAUGGAGGCUCAGUUGCAGCUCUCCCUCCUGGCCCAAGUCAGUGCUCUCAUGACUUCAAACCGCUCCAAUCUCUGCCCCCUCUCUCUCUGCUCCCCUGUUCUCACAUUCUCUGUCUCAGAGAGGGGGUAACUGUGGCUCCCCUCUCUACCAUCUAUUCCAAAUGGGUUGUCAGAGUGGUUGAUGUCAUUUGAGCCACACUAGUUUACUACUGUACAAACGAGUAGCUACACACUUGUAAAAAAAAAUGUAAUUGUACUUAAUAAUCCUCUCAGCAAGAGAGGCCCAUGGUUUCUUUAAUUGCUUUUACUUAAAGGGGCAAUCUGCGAUUAAUAUAUAUGCCCAUUGAUUUUUGAAGAAUAAAACUAUUGAUGCCUCAUGAGCUUAGUUCAACCCAAAAUAUAAACUUGUUUAACUCCUUUGUUUGUAAACAAUGUAAUUGUAAACAAACAUGGUAUAGCCUCAAAACGCCAGCCUCAUCCCUCAGCUGUUUACCGAAUCAGUGGUAAGGGAAACCGCUAUGUUAUUGUUCAAAACUGCAGAUUGCCCCUUUAAUAACAGUUGGUAACCCUCCUUACCGAGCCAGUUGCUUUAGCUUUGUCUUGCAGCAGGCUUCUUUUUACUACUCUGUGCGUGAAUGUUGUUUUUUCUCAGCAUGCCUGCAUCGAGCUCUGCCUUUUUCUUCUUCUUGGGGAAAAAAAAAUGUUUGGGUUAUGUUGUCUUUGUACUAAUCCUGUUGUAUUGACAUGUCUUCCCUGUUACUCCCUGUGUAAUCACUCGUUUAUAAGACCUGUUUUAACACUCACCAGGCAGACCCUGAAUGUACUUGUUUUUUCAAUAUUUGUACAGCAUUUUACAAUAACCUGUUGAUGUUGGACAUUCUCCCCCUCCUCCUGUGUACUGUUACAAGUGUCAUUAUACAUAAGUGUUAUUAUAGUAAACCUAUGGCAUAUGUUUGCUUAUAUUGUAUGAUACAUUAUAUAUGUCGUUUUACAAUAUAUCCUGGUGAAUAUGCAUAAAAUAAACAUAGAGUUGAUAUUAUACAUUCCCUGUAUUUAAAUGUCCUGAAAGUGACCUAUGAUAAUCAUGUGUUUUUACAUAGUAUUCUGUAUGUAAAGGGUCAACAAAGGCACCAGCACAAUCUUGAGUAUUGUCUAAAUGCCUAUGUAUCUAUCAAAUAAUGAUGACAAUGAUGAGAUUGAGGAAGAAGAUCUGGCGAGGUGGGACAAUACCAUAAUCAAAUUCCCAUCAUUAUUUCAACUCACUGGCCUGAAGUAUUCUGAAGAGAAUGAGAGAGGCAUUCUUCUUUAAAUUGGUAGCAUGAUUCACUUUGAAGGUAUUUGUUGAUGUUGUCACAGAGUAAUGUUUUGCUGUUGUUGCUGCAUGAAAAACAGACAUAUGGAAUAAUGUAAUGUGUAACGUGUGACAUGCGUGAGGAGGCCUUGUAGGCUAAUAGAUGGGGGAAGCAGCAAGACAUUUACUGACAGAAUAUGUAUGGAAGCAUAUCCAUACCAUAUCCUUAGUCAAUGUAAAGAAAAAUAAUCAACAUAACUAUUUCAUGACAUACCUUCAGUUUCGAGCUACUCGGGCUUUCAAAUGUCGGCCUUGAACAGCUGCAAUGCCAGCAUCGUACCAGCAGAGAGAGCUGUUUAGCAGGACAUUCAGUUACCUUUCAGCCAUAACAUUGCUGCACCUGCACUGCACAAGCUUUUUAGGGUGGCCCAUUGGCAGUCUCUGGAUAUGGAGCACUGCUGAGCUAUGUGUGAUCGGUGACUGAGAGUUCUUUGUGUGUGCGUGUAUCUGAGGAGAUGUGUUUCUGUUCUGCUGUAAGUUUGUGAAUGUCAUUGAAUGCAGCAUGCUGCAACCUGGCUGACCUGCUGUUCUACUAAGGAGCCUAAUUAAGGAAUGUGGCUGAGGAUAAUGGUCUAGCCAGUGCAUUCAUGUGAUGAUUUAAAGCAGCAACGGUUUAUCCAGCUGUGUCCAUUAACUUUACUUACCUUGCUGGAAAUUUUUUUUUGUACAAUUUUAGGACAGAUAAUUGAAUGUUAUGUCUAAGUUUAGCAUGGUGCAUUUUGCCUCUCGUCUUUUCCUAUCUCACCUCAGUCAUUUUCAAAUUCUUCUCCUUCCUUUUCCAUGAUCUCUUCUCCACUCCAGUCUCCUCUGCUCAUGCUUUCUUUCCCUCUCUAUUCUCCCCUCCACUCCUCCUCCUCUCUCGCAUCACUUCACUUUCCCUCUGUCACUGAUAUUGUCAUUGUUCUGCCCUCUGUCUCUGUCGUCAUCUCACUAAUCUUUUAGGAAGCAGCCUUUAUCAGAUAACUGUAUGUGAUUAUUGUUACUAUAACUGAUGAUAUAUACCUUUAAUUGUAUUGUAACGAUGUUACAGCUGUGAUAUUACUGCUUGGUACUUGUAUUUAUCGAUAGUGUUUGACACUGGUGGCAUAUGUUGCCAGGGUAGUCUACCACAGAAUGACAUGUCCCCUCGGACAUUGGAGGGAACAGGGUAAGGACUGAGGGCCUUUUACAUACAAAGGGACAUUGUGUUGUUCAAUCAACAGGUGAACAACUGAAAAUCUCAUCUCUCACACACUAUUUGUUCAUAUCAUAGGGUCUAUGCAAUACAUGCCCUGUUUCCUGUGUCCCAGGCACUAACCACGAGGGAGAGAGGCAUACGGUAUAGAAUCUGUUAUAAAGCAGUAUGAUAGCCGGGGCUAGCCUCAGCUUCAACCUCAGCGAGCUCUCUAUGCCCACUCUGCCACCCCGCCCCCUCUGACAUCAUCACAGAGCAGCUGCAGGGUCUCCAUGGCACUGGUUUGCAUUGAAACCACUAGCUCCCAACAAGUGUUCGCUCUAUGAUACUGAAAUGAAAGCCUAGGUGUUACUGUAUGUUCAACCCAUUCCCAGCCAGCACUUCUGAAUGUGACAUGUGACAUGUAUAUA